AAAAAGUACCUCGGAGCCAGGGAAAUGGUGCGAAGGAGGGAAUUUUAGACGGGAUCAAUAAGGGGAUAAAUAGGGCUCCGCUCCUGCCUUUCCUCCAGCAGAGAGAGACCGAGAGGGAGCCGCCGGCUUAUCAGCAACGUGCUUUUUACCCCCCCCCCCCCAACACACACUUCUUUCUUUUUCUCCUUCGGUCUCAGCUGAAAACUGAUUACAGGUUGCUUAUCGACUCCAGCACAAUUUCACCCCUUCCAGCAUAGAUCUUGGAGGGUUUUAUAUCGCAUCAAUUAUUUAUCAUAUUUUAUAAAUCCAGCAGCACUACAAUUUUUUGCCCCCGAGGAGGGAGCGGGCGGCGAUUGGCGCCGCCGGAGCCACGUGCCCGCGCGUCACAUGGGCCGGGAGGAAAAAGGGGUCCUUUUUGGUGUAAAUCUGGACUCUAAUUCCGUAAUAUAUCACGGUACCUCGUAAAACCGACACUAAAACGUCCCGACCUACAAAUCACCCGGCCAAAUUAUGAGUUCAUUGUAUUAUGCGAAUGCUUUAUUUUCUAAAUAUCAAGCCGCAAGUUCGGUUUUCCCAUCCGGAGUCUUUCCUGAGCAAACUUCUUGCGCUUUCGCCUCCAACACGCAGCGAGCGGGCUAUGGGGCCGGAUCCACGCCUCCCUUCGCCGCCUCCAUGCCCGGGCUCUACUCCAGCGGCAGCGCCGUGCACCCCCAGCCCCCCAGCAUGUACUCGUCCGGCUACGGCCUGGAGCCCGGCUCCUUCAACAUGCACUGUUCCCCCUUCGAGCAAAACCUCUCCAUGAUGUGCCCGGCAGAUGCCUCCAAGCAGAACUGCAGCAAAACGGACCAGAGGGACUCGGAUUUGCAGAGCGACAGCAGCUUCCGCAUCUACCCCUGGAUGCGGAGCACAGGCGCGGACCGAAAGCGCGGCCGCCAGACCUACACGCGCUACCAGACGCUGGAGCUGGAGAAGGAGUUUCACUACAACCGCUACCUGACGCGGCGGCGGCGCAUCGAGAUCGCGCACUCGCUCUGCCUCACCGAGCGCCAGAUCAAGAUCUGGUUCCAGAACCGGCGCAUGAAGUGGAAGAAGGAGAACAAGACGGUCUGCCCCGGCGCCGGCGGCCCGGAGAAGGCGGACGCGGAGGACGACGAGGAGGAGUGAAAGGGCGAGGGAGCUGCUCGGGGCGGGGGGAGCCAGGAAACGUGAAAACCCCAGACGAAAAGAAAAGGGGGGGAAAACACACCGCAAAGACUAUAUAUUAAAAUACAUAAAUGAUAAGUGCGUAAAUAAUUAAAAACCUUAGGAAUGAUACAUUGUGUUUCCUGACACUGAAAAAAUACUACCUAUAUUAAAGUCUUUUUUUUUUGUACAAUAGAAUGAAUAUCUACCUAUUAAAUGUGGCUUUAGAGUCAGAAUAGAUACAUUUUUCUAUGUGAGUCUUCCUAUAGUACAAGUAAUUUGUAAAUCUCCGUUUGUACUUCGCCGUGUACUUUUUGGUAUGAAGUAACGUGGUCGUGUUUAGCACCUUUAAUUUAGAAAAUGUGACCUGAAAGUCUGAAUGCAAAUUAUACUUAGCGUAUAUAGUCCUGUACAUAAUAUGAAGGAUGAUUAUACCUUCUCCCUGUAACCUCCGUGGUUCUUUUCUCGUCGCUAUGCUGUUUUGUCUGUGUAUAUUUUUACCUGGAUUACUUCUUUGUUCAAGUCUCUAGGGGAAAAAAAAAGGAAUUAAUAUUGUGCUACGUAAAAUGUUGUAUAUCGAAGUAGCAAAUUAUUUAAUGCCGACGCGUUGCUUUUUUCUCGUCUGUGAUUAUUAUUCUUCGAAAUAAAAAGAAAAUCUCCAAUAAUCUA